CCUUUGUACAUCGAUAUCACAUGUCGUGCCUCCGAUAGUACUAUCGAUGUUCUACCAGCUCUGCCGUGCGGCCGUGUUUUGAUUCGCGUUUUGCGGCACUUGCUUAUUUUGGAAAUUAAAAACGGAAAUUGACAGUGAAGAAAAGGGGACAAAAUGCCGAAAGUCGGCGAAAAGGUUAAAGUGAACGUGAAGGAUCGCGUACAGGAUGAGGUUUGCGACUUGAGUCUCUCGGAGCUGAGCGAGAUACCGGUCAAAGAAAUUGCUUCGUUCAAGCGAGUCACCGUUUUGGAUCUGUCUAGCAAUCGCCUGACUAGCCUGGGACGGAACUUCUCAAUUCUCACACGGCUGGUAAGGCUGGAUCUAAGUAAGAAUCAAAUACGCAAUCUGCCCGAAGAUUUCGGAUUGCUGCAAAAUUUGCGUCAUCUGGACCUCUUCGACAAUUGCCUGGUUUACUUGCCUUUGAGCUUCGGCCAACUGCGUCGACUGCGCUAUUUGGAUCUGAAGGGCAAUCCGCUGAAUCCUACCUGGGCGAAAUUUGUGGGUACCUGCUCCACUCUGAAGGACUGCCAAGAGGCGGCAAAGAACUGUGUCAACGUCUGCAUCCGCAUGGAGUCCGUAGCCGAGCGUCAGCGUCUGGCCCAGGCGUCCCAAGAGCGUGAACAGAGUGCUGACCUCAUGUCUGGCGGAGGGGAUUCCCACAACAGUGGCCAGGCGAAUGGUGCCCAGCCAGGGGCCAAGAAGUCGACCAAACCAAAUAACAAGAAAGCGAAAUUGAAGAAAUUGGCCGAAGCAGCGGAGAACGACCUGACAAUCAAGCCAGUAAAUGCAGUGGGAGCAGGGAAUGGAACAAAGUCUGCCAACCAGAAGACAAAUCAAAAGAAGAAAUCGACCAAUAGCACCUCCUGGCUGAAUAUGAUCCAAAAGGUUGCCCUGUCCACGCUGGUUACCUUCAUGGUGCUCGUUGUUAUCAAUAUACUCCUCAUCUACAUGAUUAUGUUCAAGAACCCGGAGAUAUCGGAAAAACUGGUGGAGUACAUACCGCACCAGUAUCGGGACUGGAUAGUGACCAAGACGGAUAUCUUUCGUCUGCGCGUGACCGACUGGAUCUCUGAGUUCCGUACUCCCCCGGAGGAGCACUGACGGUUCAUUUAUUUGAAGCCAUAGUGCGCUGGGGCUUCAAAUAAAACGAAUCUCUAAUACAAUUCGGAUGCGAGCGCGUGGAGAAAUCGGAAAUGUGUAGACCACCUGAACAAACGAGUUAUACGACUGCGACUUUUAUAUACCCCACUGUAUUGUGUAUACUGCCAUAUACCCUCGUACUUUGCUAGACAUCCAAGGACAAGGAUUUUUUAACACAGCCCCGCAUCACACACGAACACAAGCACACACUCUGUUGCUGUUACGGCUGCUGGAAACUCAACUAAUAUAUCAUCAAACAAACUACACUCAAUCAAUGAACACAACUUAACAGGACUCAAGUCAACUCAAUCGAAAGCUAAAACCUAACAAUAGCUCUUAAACUCAAACUCAAUAGUAACUGAAACGCAGUUCCAAACUGUGGCCACACAUAGAAACUACAGACACAGUCAGACCAGAGACCCUCAUAAUAUCUAUAUAGCUAACCAUACAGCUCUGCCACAGAUCGCGGAUCAGAUCAGCAAACAUACAACAUA